AUGCUGAAACGAGCUUUCAGCACUCACGAUCCGUCCCUUCUCUCUACGACGGCACGCUGGUCUCCCACCGAAGUUGCCGUCAUGGCAAACACAGAGUCAACACAUGAGCGUAGACGCCGACGGAGUCGAACUCGAUGUUCCGAGUCCGAGUUCACCGAGACCACUGAUCGAUGGGAUAGAGCUGAGAAGGGCAGACGAAGCAAAAGAUCUCACAGUGAUCACCACCAUCGUGACAGAGACGAUCGACGGCGGCGGAAAGAGCGAAAUGGAGACGAUCACCGUAGACGUCGCCAUGAACGGGACGACUACGAGAAGAACGGAAGAGACACCGUUGCUGAACGAACUAGCGAGAGGCGACCUCGAGAACGGCGGCACGAGUACAGAAAUGGCGAGACUUCUAGAGCAGAAAGGCCUGAGAAGGAAACCUCUUUUGAUACUGUGCCUACCGACACUACCUAUCCACUCGCUGGUGGUAUCUCCAUCCCGCAACACAUCGUGAUUCCACCAUCGAUGGGCGAACGUGGUCCAGAUGGCAAUCCUCUUCCGCAGAAGUUUCAAAUUAACUUCCGAAAUCACCAUCAACUACGAUGGACUGAACCAAGCACCUCAGUCCGAUAUUAA